AUGGAAAACAUUGAAGCGGCGCAGGUCCUAAUCCAGGCACUUGUCCUCUCUCGACUGGACUACUGCAACUCGCUGCUGGCUGGACUUGCCGCUUGUGAAGUGAAACCCGUGCAACUUAUCCAGAACGCUCCAGCCCGCCUGAUUGUCAACCUGCCCAAGUUCUCCCAUGUCCCCCUGCUCCUCCGCACACUCCACUGGCUCCCAGCAAAGUUAAGACAGUUCACAUACUUCAACCACCACCCAGUCAGAACCCCCCCAGUCAGAACCCACCCAGCCAAGUUAAGACAGUUCACAUACUUCAACCACCACCCAGUCAGAACCCCCCCAGUCAGAACCCACCCAGCCAAGUUAAGACAGUUCAGAUACUUCAACCACCACCCAGUCAGAACCCCCCCAGUCAGAACCCACCCAGCCAAGUUAAGACAGUUCAGAUACUUCAACCACCACCCAGUCAGAACCCACCCAGUCAGAACCCACCCAGUCAGAACCCACCCAGCCAAGUUAAUUAAGACAGCUCAGAUACUUCAACCACCACACAGUCAGAACCCACCCAGCCAAGUUAAGACAGUUCAGAUACUUCAACCAUCACCCAGUCAGAACCCACCCAGUCAGAACCCACCCAGCCAAGUUAAGACAGCUCAGAUACUUCAACCAUCACCCAGUCAGAACCCACCCAGCCAAGUUAAGACAGCUCAGAUACUUCAACCAUCACCCAGUCAGAACCCACCCAGCCAAGUUAAGACAGCUCAGAUACUUCAACCACCACACAGUCAGAACCCACCCAGCCAAGUUAAGACAGUUCAGAUACUUCAACCACCAUCCAGUCAGAACCCACCCAGUCAGAACCCACCCAGCCAAGUUAAGACAGUUCAGAUACUUCAACCACCACCCAGUCAGAACCCACCCAGUCAGAACCCACCCAGUCAGAACCCAUCCAGUCAGAACCCACCCAGUCAGAUCCCACCCAGUCAGAACCCACCCAGCCAAGUUAAGACAGUUCAGAUACUUCAACCACCACCCAGUCAGAACCCACCCAGUCAGAACCCACCCAGCCAGAACCCACCCAGCCAAGUUAAGACAGUUCAGAUACUUCAACCACCACCCAGUCAGAACCCACCUAGUCAGAACCCACCCAGUCAGAACCCACCCAGCCAGAACCCACCCAGCCAAGAAAAGACAGCUCAGAUACUUCAACCACCACCCAGCCAGAACCCACCCAGCCAAGUUAAGACAGUUCAGAUACUUCAACCACCACCCAGUCAGAACCCACCCAGCCAAGUUAAGACAGCUCAGAUACUUCAACCACCACCCAGUCAGAACCCACCCAGUCAGAACCCACCCAGUCAGAACCCACCCAGCCAGAACCCACCCAGCCAAGAUAAGACAGCUCAGAUACUUCAACCACCACCCAGCCAGAACCCCCCAGUCAGAACCCCACCACCCAGUCAGAACCCCCCCAGUCAGAACCCACACAGUCAGAACCCACCCAGUCAGAACCCAUCCAGUCAGAACCCACCCAGUCAGAACCCACCCAGUCAGAACCCACCCAGCCAAGUUAAGACAGUUCAGAUACUUCAACCACCACCCAGUCAGAACCCACCCAGUCAGAACCCACCCAGUCAGAACCCACCCAGCCAGAACCCACCCAGCCAAGUUAAGACAGUUCAGAUACUUCAACCACCACCCAGUCAGAACCCACCCAGUCAGAACCCACCCAGCCAGAACCCACCCAGCCAAGAUAAGACAGCUCAGAUACUUCAACCACCACCCAGCCAGAACCCACCCAGCCAAGUUAAGACAGUUCAGAUACUUCAACCACCACCCAGUCAGAACCCACCCAGCCAAGUUAAGACAGCUCAGAUACUUCAACCAUCACCCAGUCAGAACCCACCCAGCCAAGUUAAGACAGUUCAGAUACUUCAACCACCACCCAGUCAGAACCCACCCAGUCAGAACCCACCCAGUCAGAACCCACCCAGCCAAGUUAAGACAGUUCAGAUACUUCAACCACCACCCAGUCAGAACCCACCCAGUCAGAACCCACCCAGUCAGAACCCACCCAGCCAAGUUAAGACAGCUCAGAUACUUCAACCAUCACCCAGUCAGAACCCACCCAGUCAGAACCCACCCAGCCAAGUUAAAACAGCUCAGAUACUUCAACCAUCACCCAGUCAGAACCCACCCAGUCAGAACCCACCCAGCCAGAACCCACCCAGCCAAGUUAAGACAGCUCAGAUACUUCAACCACCACCCAGCCAGAACCCACGCAGCCAAGUUAGGACAGCUCAGAUACUGCAACCACCACCCAGUCAGAACCCACCCAGCCAAGUUAAGACAGUUCAGAUACUUCAACCACCACCCAGUCAGAACCCACCCAGUCAGAACCCACCCAGCCAGAACCCACCCAGCCAAGUUAAGACAGCUCAGAUACUUCAACCACCACCCAGUCAGAACCCACCCAGCCAAGUUAAGACAGCUCAGAUACUUCAACCAUCACCCAGUCAGAACCCACCCAGUCAGAACCCACCCAGCCAAGUUAAGACAGUUCAGAUACUUCAACCAUUACCCAGUCAGAACCCACCCAGUCAGAACCCACCCAGUCAGAACCCACCCAGCCAAGUUAAGACAGCUCAGAUACUUCACCCACCACCCAGUCAGAACCCACCCAGCCAAGUUAAAACAGCUCAGAUACUUCAGAACCCACCCAGUCAGAACCCACCCAGCCAAGUUAAGACAGUUCAGAUACUUCAACCAUCACCCAGUCAGAACCCACCCAGUCAGAACCCACCCAGUCAGAACCCACCCAGCCAAGUUAAGACAGCUCAGAUACUUCAACCACCACCCAGUCAGAACCCACCCAGUCAGAACCCACCCAGUUAG